AUGCGCCGCUCUGCUCUGAGAAACAACGGUCAAAACGGCCCCUUCUAUGUCUCUCUCCUAGGGGUGGAUUUGGUCCCCAUUAAGCCCAUCCCCAACGUGGUGACGCUGCAGGAGGACAUCACCACGGAGAAGUGUCGCCAGGCCGUGCGCAAGGAGCUGCAGACGUGGAAGGUGGACGUGGUGCUGAACGACGGGGCCCCCAAUGUGGGGGCCAGCUGGGUGCAUGACGCGUACUCCCAAGCCAACCUGACGCUCAUGGCCCUGAAGUUGGCCUGCGAAUUCCUUUCCAAGGGCGGCUGGUUCAUCACAAAAGUCUUCCGCUCCCGCGACUACCAGCCCCUCCUGUGGAUCUUCCAGCAGUUGUUUCGCAAGGUGCAGGCCACCAAGCCGCAGGCCUCCCGCAACGAGUCGGCCGAGAUCUUCGUCGUCUGCCAGGGAUAUCUGUCCCCAGAUAAAAUUGACAGCAAAUUCUUUGAUCCCAAAUUUGCCUUCAAGGAAGUUGAGAUUCAGGCCAAAUCUGUGAGCGAGCUGGUGACCAAAAAGAAACCAAAGGCGGAGGGAUACGCAGAAGGUGACACGACGCUCUAUCACCGCUUCACGCUGAUGGAUUUCCUCAAGGCCCCCAACCCUGUGGAUUUCCUCUCCAAGGCCAAUGAGAUCACGCUGGGGGACAGCGAGCUGGAGCGGCACAGCGCCACCACCGAGGAGCUGCGCCAGUGUUGCCGGGACAUCCGCGUGCUGGGCCGCAAGGAGCUCAGGGCCCUGCUGAACUGGAGGACGAAGCUGCGUCGCUUUAUGGCCAGGAAGCUGAAGGAGCAGGCCAAGGAGCUGGACAUCAGCUUGAGCUCCGGCGAGGAGGAGGAGGGCGGCGAGGAGGAGGCCGUGAAGACGUCGGGAGCAGCUGGGGAUGGAGCCGCAGAGGAGGAGGAGAUGGAGCUGAGGCUGGCGGAGCUGAAGGCAGAGGAAGUGGCUGAGCUGAAGAGGAAGAAGAAGAAGAUCCUGAAGGAGCAGCGGAAGCAGCGCGAGCGCAUCGAGCUGAAGAUGGACCUGCCCGGCGUCUCCAUCGCCGACGAGGGCGAGACUGGCAUGUUCUCCCUCCGAACCAUCGGCAAGACCCGGCUGCUGAAUGAGGUGGCCAGGGGCGAUAUGGCGUCUGCGGACGCCUUCCUGGAGGCGCCGCACGAGGACGACGACGUGGCCUUCUCGGAGCAGGACGACGCGGACGACGUGUCUCUGGCCAGCGACCUGGACUCGGACGAGCUGGCCGACAUCGAGGAGCGGCUGCAGGAAGCCAAGCGGGGGCUGGGCCCAAAGAGAGGGACCUUCCAGCAGCCGGCAGAGGAGGAGGAGGAGGAGAAUCCCCUGCUGGUGCCCCUGGAGGAGAAGUCGGUGCUGGAGGAGAGGCAGACCAACCUGUGGUUCGGGAAGGAGGUCUUUGCCGGCAUUGAGGACGAUGUGGACGAGGCCCUGGAGAUCAGCCAGGCGCAGGUGCUGUCCGAGAGGAAGGAGCCGCCGCCAGGGGAAAGGGGCCCCGCCAAACGGGGCAGAGCGCCGGGUUUCCCUGAAGGUAGCAGGCCGGCCCCAGGCUGUCCAUCCAGCCCUCGUGGCUGGGGCCCCUGGGAAGCAGGAUUCCCCCUUAUCAGAUGCGACGCCCCUCCCAGCUGUGAGCUCCCUUGCGGCCCCCCAGUCCACCUCACCCACUGGCCUUGCUUGUCACACCCAGGGAACAUGAAGGGGAAGGGGCAGAAGAAGCUGCCCCCAUCCCAGGAGGCAGCUGCAGUGGAGGUGGGGCCCAGGGCAGCCGUGGGGGCUGGUCCCAGCGAAGACCAGGGUGGGGGGAGCAGCGGCGAGGAGGACUCUGACAGCAGCAGCGACGAGGAGAGGGAGACAUCGCAGAAGGGAAGGAAGCGGGCGCUCGCCGAGCCAGGUGGCUUUGAGGUGGUGCCCAUUGAGGACCCAGUGAAGAGAGCCCGUGUCCUGGAUGCAGAGGGGCUUGCGCUGGGGUCUGUCAUUGCCACCUCCAGGAAAGCCAAGCGGGACCUGAUUGACAACUCCUUCAACAGGUAUGCCUUUAACGAGGAGGAGGGGGAGCUGCCCGAGUGGUUCCAGCAGGAAGAGCAGCAGCACCGCCGGAAGCAGCUGCCUCUGGACCGGCAGACGGUGGAGGAAUACCGGCAGCGCUGGCGCCAGAUCAACGCCCGCCCCAUCAAGAAGGUGGCAGAGGCCAAGGCCCGGAAGAAGCGGCGGCUGCUGAAGAAGAUGGAGCAGAUGAAGAAGAAGGCGGAGGCUGUGGUGAGCACAGUGGAUAUUUCGGAGCGUGAAAAGGUGGCCCAGCUGCGCAGCAUCUACAAGAAGGCCGGCCUGGGGAAGGAGAAGCGAGAGGUCACCUACCUGGUAGCCAAGAAGGGGGUCGGCCGGCGUGUGCGGCGCCCCGCGGGGGUCAAGGGACACUUCAAGGUGGUGGACAGCCGCAUGAAGAAGGACAUGAGGGCUCAGAAAGGCAAAGAGAAGACGAGACGGCGCCGCAAGUGAGGACUCUGCCCCCGAGGGCUGGGCACGGCUGGCACCAUGCGCCAGGCUGGGGUGGCUGGACAGCCCACGUGCCAGCCCUGGCCCCGACUCCGAGUGACUCUGGACAACCUGACCCUGUUCUGAGCCCCUGGCUCCUCAGCCAGAGAAGGAGGGAGUCACGCUCUGAAUCAUAAGAGGUCAUUUCCUGUUGACCAUGGAGCCACUUCCUGUCUGCAGCCUCGCGGGAACCGGCCCUGCCAGCCUCAGCUUCGUGGCGCCACUGCCCUUCCCAGGCUUGCUGUGCGGCAGACAAUUGGUUAGCCCUGGUCAUGUGGCUUCUGUGUUGCCCGCCCAGAAUUGACAGCUGUGAUGAGACUCCCCAGUGAGACGGCUGCACUCUGUACACCGGCCUGCCAACCGCACCCCACUGCGGGCGUGUCCCGGUCUCCCAGAGAGCAGGGCCAGGAGGUGACGGUUGCUUUCAGCCAGGCGUCCUGGGCUGGGCCAACCCCUGUGCAGUCCGCGGCCUGGCCCAGAGCAGGGGCUUCCUGCACUGGUUGUAGACGGCGCGGGAGUUCGCUGGGAAAGCAGGAGCUAAAGCUGGGCAGGGGGAGGCGUCCUUGUCUCUGGGGCUUUCUCAUCUCCGCUGUCUGGUCUCCCGGGGGGCAGCGGCUCUCCUGGCUUGCUCUGAAAUUAAACCCUGUUCUCUGGGCCGGUUUGCUGUUUCCCACGGCUUUGCUAGCCUGCCGCCGGGUUAGCUCUGGGGCUGGGUGUCUCUUUCGGCCUCCUGGCAGCAGGACGCUGGGGCUGCUGUCACCGCUCGCUAAAGCAGGUGCAGCUGCCAGCAUCAGAUGGGGCAGUUCCCCAA